ACUUAGGAGCUUCCACUGCCAUUCUGCCACUGCCAGAGCUUGAAUUUCUUGCUGAUUAGCGAAAGAUUCCCAAGUUGGGCCUUUUUCCGUCCAACCAAACCCUAAAAAUGAGAGCUAUAUCGUAAAAAUGCAUCACUGUAAAAUCAACAUUUUGGUCACUCUCAACCCUUUUAAAUCCAGUGCUAAAACGAAUUCAGAAGCACAUUACUGAUUCUUCUUUUGCAAUCUCUUUGGUUCUUUAAGCUAAAAGCAAAUGGUCGAAAAUGGUUACUGUGUUUUCAAGCAUUUUUCAUCCUUCAAUAGUGUUGGAAGAUAUAUGAACUUGGAAUGGCAAGUCUAAGUGGGUGAAUGGAGGUCUUAAGCUGAAGGGGAGUGGGGUAAUUCUCUACAAUGAGGCCAGUGGGCCAUACCAGGAAGGAUAAAUCAGGCAGUGGAGUUUGCAUUUAGCAAAAGACAUGGCAGUUCAUUUUUCUUUCUUUCUUUUUUUUUUUUUCAGCAAAAACUUGAUACUUAGUAGAUGCAAAUGCAGUAAUGAAUUUGACUUAGUUUAAUUUGAUUUGUUAUGAACUUGGAUGAAGAAGCAUAAUCACUCGUGUCAACCUAUUGAAAGUAGAAAGAUUAUUUUAUUUGUGAUUUCAUGUAGCUCAACAAAAGGUUAAAGGCAUUCACCUUGUUUGACGAUGCAAAAUGUCCUGUUCAUAGCUGCUUCAUAAAUCAGAAGGAACAUGCCAAAUUUGUAUCUUUUCUCUAUUAAUGCUAGAUUUGUUUAUUUCCUGUAGAAUCUACAUAUAUUUUCAGAUUGUGAGAAACUGAAGUUCUAGAAAUUCAUCAUUGGUCAUUAUGCUGCUUUUGUUCAUAUUCAUUGAUGUAACAUUUAAAAUAGCUCAUGACACAUAAUUCAUUCACUUUCUCAUGCAGCCAAGUGCAGAGAGUGUUGUAGCCGUCAAAUAAUCAUAAAUUCAACCAUGGAGAAGGAGGGGAAUAAUAAUCCUUUUAGAGGGUUAGGCAAAGGAUUAUUCAGUGAUCAAUAUUUCUUACUUAACUUCAUUGUGGGCACUUACUUAGGUCCUGAUGUCUACACUGAUAACCCAAGAUGCUCCGCACUUCGGAGAUUAGCUAAAAGGUCGCCACCAUACACUUCAAACAACCUGGGGACUUCAUUUCUCAGUACUUCUCAAUUGGAAAGUUUAUAUUAUUAUCUCCUCAGAAAUGCCCAUCACAGCCUGGUUUUGAAACCAGAUAUGUUCUAUAUGUAUCUAAAGGGCAGCCUGCAUUUGCCAAGCUUAGGGUCACAGGAGGACCACAGGCAAUUUACAGGUUUUUUCCCUUUGAAACUUCAUGACCAUAAAAGGUACUCAGACAGCUAUGAAAUUGUCAAGGGGAUUGCGCUUAUAGAUGACCCUGUUACAUCCUACAUGAAGAAGGAGGAACUAGAAAGGUUCAGAUUCUUAUCUGGUAUUGAUGAUUUGAAAAUUGAUAGCAAGAAAUGUCUCAGUUAUCGUCACGGAGACCAAAAUGGUGGAGACGAAACUGAGGCAAGUUGCAUUACAAAAAGUGAGAGGCAAACUGCUGGAACUAUUUGUAAUAGAAACGAAAGAUCAUCAGAAAUGUUUGGUGUGAAAUACAGAAGAAGGCGGUUGCGCUGCCACCCUAUACCAAUUCAACCAUUUUCCUUUAAUCCUUCUAUGUCAGAACAACAAAAUGAAGAAAGCACUUCUAAGAGAACCUUUAAACUGGAUGGAUCUGCCGCAAUGCCCAUUAUAACUCUUCCUAAAUUGGAAGAUUGUAUCUCAGAUGAAUCUAUUGUAUUGACUGGCACUGCAAGAAGAGGGAUGGCUGGACCGCAAGUUGGCCUUGUAGAUAUAGGCAUUAGCAAAGCUGCAUACUUUUUUCAAGUUGCACUUCCUGGUGUCCGCAGGGAUUUUUGUGAAUUUAGUUGUGAGAUUGAAUCAGAUGGAAAGGUUCACAUCCAAGGGUCAUUGUCUGGUGGAAGAACCAUAAGAAAGCGUUCACGUGCUUUCAAGAUGAAAUUUCAGCAAAUGUGCCCUCCCGGACCCUUUACGCUUUCUUUUAGUCUUCCUGGACCUGUUGAUCCAAGAUUGUUCUCACCUAACUUCAGAACUGAUGGCAUUUUCGAAGCAGUUAUCAUAAAAACACAAAGGAAAUUCAGUCCUCAGGUACAUGAUGGUCAUUAAUCAGUCCCGGAAUAUGAAAAUGAUGCUGGCCAGCUAAUGUAGUAACAGUUUCUUUAUUUAUUUAUGGUAUUAGCUCAAGAAAUGUAGGUUUUGUUGUAUGCUACAGCUUGCAUCAUAUUCAGUUCACAGCUAAAUCUUUGUGUUUAUAAUUCCAAGUGCAUAUGAAUCUGGUUCCUUA